GAGAGAGAGAGAGGGGAAGGACGUGGCAUAUUGGAAAUCAUUGACAAACAUUAUCCUUGUAAGCCCGCAUAUUGUGGGACAGAGGUGGAUUAGGCUCCUCCUCCUCUACUAAAAGAAGGAUCCGACCCGACCCAACCGGUCCAGACCGGACCCAGCAUGUGCCAUGUGAUCGUGACGUGCCGUUCGAUGCUGUGGACCCUGCUGAGCAUCGUGGCCGCCUUCGGCGAGCUCAUCGCCUUCAUGAGCACCGAUUGGCUUGUGGGCUUCCGCGCACAUGCAAAAUGAAAAGCAGCCGAGGUCUUCGGCGCGCACGGGGCGGCGGCCGCGGCCACGGCGGGGGAGGCGUACCGGCCCACGCUGGGCCUGUACGGCCGCUGCAUCAAGCUGCCCCGCCUGCGGCGCGGCGUCCUGUGCGGGCCGUACGCCGUGCACUUUGGGGAGAUGGCCAGUGGGUCCUGGCAGGCCACCGCCAUCUUCCUGGCGGCGGGCAUCCUGCUGCUGUGCGCCGUGGCGGUGGUCUCCGUCUUCACCAUGUGCUUCCAGAGCGUCAUGAAGAAGAGCAUCUUCAACAUCUGCGGCCUGCUGCAGGGCAUCGCAGGUCUGUUCCUGAUCCUGGGGCUGAUGCUGUUCCCCGCGGGCUGGGGCUCGGACAAGGUGCAGCUGUACUGCGGCCACGACGCCGGGCCGUACCGCGCCGGCCUGUGCUCCAUGGGCUGGGCCUUCUACACCGCCAUGGGCGGCACCGUGCUCACCUUCCUGUGCGCCGUGUUCUCCGCGCAGGCCGAGAUCGCAACCUCCAGCGACAAGGUGCAGGAGGAGAUAGAGGAGGGGAAGAGCCUCAUCUGCCUCCUCUAGGAGUGUCCUCCCCUCUGAAGAGGAGAGGCAGAGGUGGGCCUCUGAACACUGGCCCGGGCCGCAGGAAGCAGGCCCUGCUGUUUGUUUACCACUAAAGACUGAAGAGUGUAUUCAUGCGCUGAGUGUUGACGCUUGGGAGAUGCCAAGUUUUCUUGAGUGUGUUGUCUGCGUCUUUUGUGUUUUUCUAUUGUGCGCGUGUGUCUGUGUUUGUGUGUACUUUCUCCUCUUUUCUUUGUUUACCACUAGAGGAGAUGAGGUCUCGUUUUCUUUCCAUAUCAUAGUUGUUCAUGUGGGUGUCCACAAGAGCUGUGUUUUGUAAAUAUGUGUCUGUGUGUAUGUGUCUGUGUGUGUGUAUGUGUGUGUGUGUCCGUUUGUGUGUGUUUGUGUGUGCGUGCGUGCGUGUGUGUGCAUGUGUAGACUGUACAGAGGAUGAGAGAAUGAUGGUCAGGUUCAUCCAGAGCACUGGGAUGAUAAUGAUGAUGAUGAUGAAGAUGAUAUCAUACCUUGCGUUGGGUUGUGUGUUCCGGUUCCUCCGACCAGGACCACAAGGUUCUGCUGCGUUCCACCAGAGCGCCACAGAGGGCAGGGUGACAACUCAACAAGGGAACCACUACUCAGUUGAAUAUAAAUAAAACAACGUUAAAUAAGGCCUUUAGAAAGCAAGUGGACCGAGUUCCAAGCCUUAGAAGAAUGUAACGUUGUGCUUGAAUGACUUUUGUAUUUGUUAGACCCUUGAAAUGUAUUGAUGGUAUAGACUCGCCAGUGAAGCAUCUGGGGGGCUUCAUGAGAGAGAGGUCUGUGUUAUUAAUGUAGAUAUGGUUUUUCUUUAUGUGUGAAACUUCUGCUUUACAUUUUCGUUUUAACUGAAAACUGAAACGUCUCUCUGGUUCCGUUCCGCUCCUCGUAUGAAUAAUAUAGUGCUCUCUGUGCGUGAAGACACAGGUUACGCUCACACAAAUGAAGUAUUAAGGAGAUUCAAUAGAUGAAUAGAUGAUGGGGUAUAAGGAUUAGUUCCUCUCUACGUGUUUCUAGAAGGGACCUUGUUCUGGGGAAUCUAGCCAUGGAUGAUUAAUCUUGGAUAGAUAACAACCUAUCUAUCCUAAUGUGUUUCUGCCAAAUCAAUAAAGAUACUUUUAAAUGAACUGUAU